AUGGGAGUGUUUUUCAAUAAGAUUGAUCGGAAACAAUUGAAACCAGGAGAUCAUAUCUACUCUUGGAGGAAGGCUUACCUCUAUGCACAUCAUGGUAUAUAUGUUGGUGAUGGAAUGGUAAUCAACUUCACAAGUGGUGCAGUACAAGGAAAAACUAGAACACCAACUAUUUUGGGCAGUCUCAUUACAAGUUCAUCUUCCAGCUCUUUUUAUACUGACAUUCCAUGCCCAAGAUGCGGUGACGAUGGCAACCAAACAAGGACUCAUAGUGUCAUCUCAUCCUGCUUAGAUUGCUUUCUUUCUGGAGGUAAACUCCGCCUCUAUCAGUAUGGUGUCAAUAAAUUACAUUUUAUAGUCCAAGCUCGAGGAGGCACAUGCACGUUUGCUUCUUCCGAUCCAAUGGAAGAGGUCCUUCACCGUGCUUUUUAUCUUCUUGAAAAUGGAUUUGGUGACUACCAUGUAUCCAAGAAUAACUGUGAAGAUUUUGCAAUUUAUUGCAAAACAGGCCUCCGUGUAACCGCUGAAGACAGCAGUGUUGGUGGAAGUGGACAGGCAGCAUCAUUCAAGGCUGGUGUUAAAUCCGCAUUUUGGUCUGCACUUCCAUAUGUGGUUUCCAGUUCUUGCUGUCUGACUAUUUAUAGUGGAUCAUACUGCUACAGAAGAGUGGUUUCUGAUAUUGGAUUUCGUCGCAAUGGAACUAAAGUUCCUGUAGAAAAAAAUAUCUAA